CGGAUUCAUUUCCGGUAGCAGUGUCGCUGACUUGAUAACGUCACACGCUGUCGACACCGGGGAGCACCAUUACAACGGAUUGUGUGAAGCCCCUUCGGUUCUAGCUCAAGUUUCCCCGGCGUUGUUACCAUGGUCGGGAAGAUAAAACACGUCCGUCAGAAGCUCCACCAAGAGGCGGUGAGGCUCGACAGGCCGAGCAGCCUCUCGCAGAGCCCCGGCUCCGGGUUACCGCAGAGUUUAGAGAAGCCCCCUGCCUCGGAACUACACAAAACAAGCGCUCCCCUUCGGGAGAAUAAGAAGACCGAGUCCUCCACCGACGCGGCACAGCCCCCGGGACAAAUCUCCUUCCCCUCUGGGAUCUUCGCUGGCACCAAGAUAACUCCGGAGGCCCUGGUACAGACGCUGAGGUUUGAGGAGCCUCCAGAUGCACCUCUACCUGCUCGUAGAGGCCCAGAAGAGAAGAAAGUUAAGUCAAAGAAAGAGAAGAUGAAGGAGAGGAGGGACCGGUGGCUGAACAAGAUUAGCUCCAUUAAACAGGCCAAGGAGCAGCAGGCGGCUGAGGCUCGACGGCAGGCCACGCCCGUGGUGGGGGACAUGAGGCCGCUGGCCGACGCCCUGCCAGAGCUGUCUCUGCUCGUAGCCCCCCCUACCACAGCCCUCACCGCCCGCCGCAAGAGCAGGAAAAACAAAGUACCGGUGAAGAGGCCCGAACCGACAGAUUUCAGUCAAAUGAAACAGUCACAGAAACGCAAACUCCUGGAGACAGAGACCAGCCGGUUUAGCAACGCAGUGAAGACCCUCUCGGCCAAGAUGAACCCUCUGGCGGAUAUUGGUGAGCAGCUGAGGAAGAGGAUGAGGCAGGAAGAGGAGCAGGGUCCCAGCUAACAGCAGCACAGCCUCCACAGACCCUACCCAACAGAUCUAAGGGGGCCCUGACCCCGGACCAGCAGCAGGAGGAACCCCGGGGGACGCUCUCGUCUGAGGAGGUGGAGCAGGAAGGUGGUGUUUGUACACGCUGACUGUGACGGAUGUCCUCUCUUUUAAUCCCCAACUUCCCACUUCAGUAAUAAAUCUCGGUGCAUUCAACACUCUGCUGUUAUGUGUGUUUUCUGCGCGAUGACAAGAAUCCAGGUGUGCUCGUCUUGGUUAAUGAAGCGGUGCAUGUGCAAACAGAUUCGGCUUGUUUCCAUCAACACCCACACAGUCACCCCCCCCCCCCCCCCCCCCCCGUCUAUUCUCAGCUCUCCUCCUCGUGCCCGAUUGAGAAUAAGAUCAGCAACGCGGGGUGACUCAUCAGCAAUAACCAUGGCAACUGCACUGAUCCAUGUAAAUGAACAUCUUGUCAAGCCAACACUGAAUGAAAAUAUUGUCAGACUAUCAUAAACAUGUUGUGUUUUUAUCAACUUACUUAUCUGUUUGUACAGAUAAAUAAUAAAAUCC